AUGAUGCAUUUCGUGAAUGCAAUAACUGGUUCAGCUUCAGUCAGUAGAAACAUGUGUACGACUGGUUCAACUUCAGUCAGUAGAAGCGUGGGUACAACUGGUUCAACUUCAUUCGGUAGAAGCGUGGGUACAACUGGUUCAACUUCAGUUGGUGCAGGUGCGCCUGUGGUACUGGUGCUUCCAGUAGCAGCUGGUACUAUAGCUGGAGGCGCAGCUGGUGCUGUAGUUGGUGCUGCAGGUGGUACGGCUAUAGGCGUGGUUACGGCAACUGUUAUUCCGGGCGAAGAAGGCAGAGAGAUCGCAAGAGAGGCUGGCAUAACAGCUGGGGCUGUAGUGGGAGGUAUUACUGGGGGAAUUGUUGGUAACGCAAUAUGUCCAGGAGCUGGUAUGGUCGGUGGGGCUGUGGGAGGCGGUUUUGCCGGAUAUCACACUGGCGGUUAUUGCGCUGCUGUCGGGCAUUAUUUAACUAGUGAAACUAUUGAAAUGUUGGAAAAAGUAAAGACUCGCAAAACUUCUCCGACACGUGAGCGCGAGUCCUCGGAAGAGUCUGUUCCAAGCAGAACUAUUGAAUCAAGCAAAGCAGAAAAUGUUCAUCGGCGCUCGUCAUCGGAACCGUGCAUUUGCGACGAUGCAACAAUCUCUGUUUUGUAUGUCAACAUUAGAAGCAUGAAUCCAAACAAUGAUAAGAUGAGACAAAAAAUUGAUCAAUUAAGUAGCCUGAUAUUCUACAAUCAACCUGAUGUUAUUGCAAUUGUGGAGAGCUGGCUGAACGAAAAGCACAGCGACAAGGACAUCAGAGACUCACUUCAACUACAGGGUUAUAAAAUAGUUCGUCGGGAUCGAUGCAGCGGCCAAGAUCCUGAAAACUCAUAUCGUGAUGAGACAAAUGCACAAUACGCAAAACGUCGUGGCGGUGGCAUCCUUGUAGCUUGGAAAGAGUUAAACGGUUUGCGUGCUGAUAGGAUACAGUUUAAAGAAAAUCCUGCAGAGAGCACAGCAGAAUUUGAAAGGAUCAAUAAGGAAAUUGAGGACAGAUUGGUUCAUUUACCUGCCUGGUAUACUGACAAAAAUGCAGAUGCAUCAUAUUCUGGAUGGUGUAUGGUUGGUGAUUUCAACUGGGGACAGAAUAAUCGAACGGACAGAGAACGUCUUGAAGAAAUCUUGAUGCUUGCCCGGGGUAGCGCCGAUUGGGUGCCCAUGUCUUCUGAUCGUACUCAUAUUGGAGGGUUAACACUCGAUCGAGUUAUAGCAAGUCACGGCUUUGUGGCAUCUGGCUAUGACAAGUCAUCUUCCUUGAUUGAUGUCACCGAACCUAUUAGUGAUCACGCAGCCCUGAUAUUUCGAUUAAAUUGUGGAAAAGAUUCGCGAAUUGGUGCCGAAUGCAAAGCUCGUCAAUGCUGA